UUAAAAAGAAUCACAUUCAAGUCAUUUGUUUCCAUAAUGCAUUAUUAGGAUAUAUCUGUAUAAUUCCUGUGCAAGUUUAUAUUGAGCUGAAUGGUAGAUGUAGCCUGAGUUCUUACCAAUGCAAAUAUUCAUAAUUUAGACUUGGGUUGGAUAUAAAUGCUCAUGUCCUUACUGCAAGGAUAGAGGCCUCAUUCAUCAUUAUUGUUUUAAUCUUAAAAGAAAAGGGCACACCCUGCAUAUUUAGCAACAUUUACUAUUGCAUGUUUUGUAUAUUGGAAAACUGUAUUAAGUCGAUUCAAGUCUUGAGUGUUGCUCGGGUCAAUGAACGUGAUGCAUUAGUGUGAAUAUUUGCUCAGAAAUUCAAUCUAGUCUCUCUGAUCAGAUAUAUAUUUUUCAGGUUGAUUGAAGAGUUUCUUUGAAGCUUUUUUUCUUUGACAACCAUGUGAUCCGAGAAGGAGGUACCUGGCAGAGGGAUUGCAGUUCAGGUGUACGAUUCAGAGUCCUGGUGAAGCUUGCUGUUUUUAAAGCUGUCCUCAGUGGAGCUGUCCCUGUUCAGAGUCUGGCCCAGGAUAAAACCUGUUGGACGAGGAGGAUGUUCAGCCAAGGGCAGCUGAUGUCGUCUCUCCCUCCUGGGGUUUUCCAAGCUGCUGCAGCUCGCUUCUACUCCGCUUUCCCUGCUCGCUUGGGCUCAUCGCACAUCUCCAGCCUCUUCUUACCCAGCCCGUUAUUCAGCUAUGAGAUUUUACAAAAUUACCUUCAACCUGAACCCUGCAAACAGGCUCUGAUCCUGGCCACUCAGGCUGCUGGGCUGGCUGGGAUUACAGAACACACAGAUGAAUCCCGUCCGAUGAAACAGAGACGAGCGCGAGCCAAUUACAGCAGCUGGCAACUGGAGGAACUGGAAAAGGCUUUUGAAACGACUCACUACCCAGAUAUCUUUAUGAGAGAGGCACUGGCACUGAGACUGGACCUCAUUGAAGCGAGGGUGCAGGUUUGGUUUCAGAACCGAAGAGCAAAGAUGCGGAGACAGAUGAAACUGCAGGGAAAGACCGUGGAGAAGCCUCCACACAAGGACCCGGAGGGGCCUGCUGACAAGCCCAAUACCAGGACUCAGGACCUGGGCAGCUCUGACAGCGACCACUGGGACGGUAAGCUAGAGAAGCCCAGCUACCCUUGGCCUGGAACUCAGCCUAAAGGAAAGCCAGCCCUGCUCGCUGCCCCCUUCCAGGUAGUGGUCCAGGGGCCAAGUGAACAGGAGAAAGGGCCGAGCACGGAGGAGUUUCGUUCUUGCAGUAUCGCUAAUCUGCGGGCGAAAGCAAGGGAGCACACAGCAGAGAUCCAAAACUCUGCUGCCAAAACAUUACCAGAGCCUGAAACGGAGACUUCCUCAGCAGGAAUGGAGAGUCACUGAUACACACAGGCCUCUCAACUGGCACUUUAUUAUGUGAAAACACUUCUUCAAAUGGACUUGAUGACAAGUGUCAGCUGCAUGAAUGGAUUGAUUUCUGGGGCAGGGUACAGUUAUCGUCAAACAUUAUAUGGAAUUGGUUCUUGUUUGCAUAGACUUGAAUUUGUUUUUGUACAUUUACCUCUGACUUUUUUAUACGUUGUGUGUUACUCUAACCUCUAACUAGUUCUUAGCUUGAUACAUUAAUUGUUACAUACAAUUCAGUGACCAGGGGAAUUGGAAGUAACCACACGGUGGUCUAAAGACAGUGUUUUGGCCAAUGGAUAGGACUGCCUUUUGAAACUGCCAGUAAAAAGCUAGAUUAGGCAGUGUUUUUGUAUGCAGUACAGAACAGCUUUUUUUUUUUUUUUCAAUGAUUAAAGUGUGUCAAUUUCUAAGCAUUAACCCUUUAAAGUACAAGGGUCAUUUGUGUCCCACAAAUAAAAUGAUGCUAACUUUCUUAUUUUUGCAAUGAGGUGCACAGACAAGGUUUAAAAUUGACUGACAGGUUGGAUCUGGUCAUCAACUUUGUCAGUUUCUUGUCAUACAAGAGUAAUGCAUUUUAAGAAUAAACCGUUAGAGCAAUCACUCAAUUCCUUGUGUACCUGAAGGGGUUAAGGUUUCUAAUCCACAUGUAAUGAGAAAAUAUAAAACAAAAGAAAGACAGGAAAUAUAUUUUUACUACGUCAAUAUUAAAUUACACUGUUCUGUAUCUAAAUAUUUCAGUAUUUGUAUUUUUUUAUUCUAAAGUAUGCAUCUUUUUGUGUGGGUGUAACAUUUCAAUUGGGUUUGCACAGGAGAGUAACGCAAAUCAUUUUUAAUGAGAAAAUCUUCUCACAAGUCUGAUGUCUCUAUUGUCCAUUUUCUGAAGAUGCAGAAUAAUGGGAUCAUUUAAAUAUUAAAAAAAAAAAAAAAAACACUCAUGCAUCAUUUAAUUAACUCGCAUGAGGCUCCAUCUUAAAUUGUUGAUGCUCUAGAAAAGAUCCUGGUCAUAUGGUCACAAUAAAUGAAUAUAAAAUAAUGUUUCUUUUCGUUGUGUAACUAGAACCUAUGGUAUUAACAUGAUUUUCUGAUAACUGUCCAACAGGUGGCACCCUAAUCUGAGCACUUUUCUAACAGUGCUUUCCCUAAAGAAAGAGAAGGCUUUUUAAAAUGUAGGUUAAUUCUAUAUAUCAAGAGUAUAUGUCAAGGAUAUUUUGAACAGACAACACUGAAAAACAGACAUUAUUCAAAGUUACUUGUAUAAAAGUUGAAUGGCCACAGUACUUUUAUACUAUGUGUACUAUGUACCAUAGUUUACCCUGGCUUGCCAUGAUUUUUUUUUAAUACACUUUUACUAUACCUCGCAAUUCUUUACAAUGCCUAGCUAUGCUUUACCAUGCCUUUGCUGUACUUUAUCACAUUUUGCAAAG